AUGGCCAAUUCACAGUACUCCCGGGAUCCCGCUCUUUCCUGGGUUUUCGAAGGUAUCAACGUAGAUGAGCCCAUCGGCGAAACCGGUUUUGGUGGCGGUGCCAGCGGUGAUGAGAUCGACCGUCUAGACUUCGAACUUGGAUCACCGUCAGAUGUGAUUCUGCUUGGCACAAGCCAACGGCAUGAUGAUAGCUUCAGUCUUUUCAACGAAGAAUCGAUGUUCCCCAUGGUGAACACGCUGGGAUCAACCUGGAGUUUAUACGGCGAGGAAAGGGGGUUGGUCAACAGCCAGAGGAUUGAUCGAAGUCUGGAACACCUCAAGCUCGAGAAUAUUAGCUACCUAACGCAGAGGGGAGUAUCAGACGAUCGUUCUAAUCGUCCAUUCCCAGUCCAUCGCCGCGAAACAAGCCGGGGAACUGGAAGCAGCGUCCGCUCCGCCCGAUUUUCCGAGGAUAGUGAUCGUGGAGCAGCAGAAGGAUGGAUGGGAAGAGGAAUUCCGACGGGAGAAGAUGGCAUACAAGAGGCUUUAAACCCCGCGAUCAUCUUUUCGGAGAUUGUGGCAACGCCUUUGCAUCAACUUGCCCGGGAGGGUACAACUGAUGUUGAUGGGGAGGCCGUGCCGCGUGGACUCGCCGAUGCUCUUCAGGCUUUCUUCUUGCAGGGAGCCAAAGAUUGGGAUCAGAGACCAGACAAUUUCCUAUUCUGUGACGCAAGGGCGCUCCGCCAAUGCAAAGUGGCGAUUGUUGAUCUCGAGCAGGUAACCUUUCCCGAGAAAGCCCCCCCUUUGGGAAGAACUGGCUCCCUCGUGGGAAGAAAGCAUGAACUUGGCUACGGCCUGUUCGUUGGUGAGGACCUUCAACCAAGUCCGACGUGCUUAUUGUGGGCCAGCACUAUCGCAAUGGACGAGCGGAUGUGUCGAUCGCAACGAUCCCCCAGAAGUUACGGACCGGGCGCGAUCGUGACGGCCGUGAAAAUGCGACGCGGGUGGGCGUGGGCGCUGCUCGCCUUUUUGACCGGUGCGGUCGGUCAAGAGUGCCAUCGCAAUUUCACCAUCCAUCCCAACGACAACACCACCCGCCUCUUCGAGUCCUGCUCCACGAUUGUCGGAAAUAUCAACUUCGGCACGAGCAUUGACGGCGAACUGCAUCUGCGAGGUAUUUACAAUGUCACCGGCACCAUCGAGUUUCGACCGGACCCCAACCGCGACCGCGACUCCCGACCCGUUGUCGAGUUGUUCGACGCGCCCGACCUGUCCCACCUGGGGGGGUUGAGUGUGCACGAAGGCUUCUCGGUGUACGAGCUCUAUUUGCGAGACUUGGAGACCGUGGGCGAUAUCGCGGUAUAUGUGGACGAAUACGCGCUGAAUCUGGAUCUGGAGUCGUUGGUAGAGGCGGACUCGAUCAACAUCAGUCGCGCCCUGAGCACUCUGCGUCUCAACGACCUGCGAACCGUGCAUGGCGCCCUCACCAUCGACUACCAUGCGGCCAACAGCAGCAGCAACGAGCCUGCGAGUUCUAAUGAUGGCAGGAUUGACUUCCCUUCACUGGAGUCGGCGGGGUCCGUAAACCUGGCGGGCGCGACGCAGAACAUCACACUCGACCGAUUAACGACCGUCGGGUCCACAAACGGGUCAGGAUCCGACUCCGGGUUGACUCUGCACCUGGAGAAACUGGAAAAGCCAAUUCACCUGGAUCUGCGGAGACUUGAAUCGGUGCGAGACCGGCUGAACGUCUAUGGCAAUGUCAAAGAAGUCCACGCCCCCCAACUCACCAAUUUCACCGCCAUCAACAUCACCUCCAGCACCAAUCUCGACUGCGAUGCCUUCCUUGCCGCCAUUGAGCAAACAACGCGGUAUCCCGCGGAUGGAUCGUCAUUCGCUUGCACCUCCACUCCCUCGAAGGGUCUGAGUACAGGAGCCAAGAUCGCUAUCGGCGUCGUUGUUCCGGUGGUGGUUAUUGCCGUUGCCGUGGCGACUAUAUUUGUCUGUGUGAGGAAGAAGUCUCGAAGUGAGAGUCGAGCGAGGAUGGAGUUGAGCGGGCUGCAGGCGACGGAGAGGGAGCGCGCCGAUGCCGCCACACCCCCGCCGCCGUAUUCUGCGCAUGGAAGUCCAUGGGGAGAUGGCCUGAUCCAGAUGCCUGAAUUCCCCGGCAUUCCACCGGACGGGGUUGACUGCGGACAAGUUGGCCUCAUCGAGCAAUGCGAUGAGAGGAAUGCGAUGGUCCACUAUGGCCCAAUUUCGUGUGACCAUCUGACCGGAACUAUGACGCCGAAUACUGUGAUCGUGAUCGGCUCCGGCCUCGCCGGCCUCGCUAGCACCGUCCAACUGCUCGCCCAGCGUGUCCCCGUCCUGUUGCUGGAACGAUUCGCCAAGCCCGGGGGAAACAGCAUCAAAGCCUCGUCCGGAAUCAACGGGGCGCCGACGCGAUUCCAAUCCCUUCCGAACCUUGACAGCGUCGCUACGUUCUACGCCGAUACGGCCACUUCCGCCGGCGGCCCAUUGGUCUCGGCCACCGGGGCGGAGAGGGCCCGCCGGGAAAAGCUCAUCGAGACACUGACGGACAAGUCGGUGGAGGCGGUCUCUUGGCUAACGGAUGAGCAAGGAGUGGAACUGAGUCGAGUGACGAGGCUGGGCGGCCAUAGCGUGGCCCGGACGCACCGGGGUGCCGGGAAGAAAACACCGGGAUAUGAUAUUGUUAGCACCCUGUUGAAUCGCGUGAGCGAGGAUGAUCUGUUUCGCAUGGAGAUGGGUAGGAGGGUGACCAAGCUGCUGCGAGAAGCAGACGGCGCCGUGACGGGGGUGGAGUAUACGCUGGUGACGGAGAGCAACGAAACGGUCGUGGAGAGGGCCUACGGGCCCGUCGUGGUUGCGACGGGGGGAUUUGCCGGGGAUGCACGCGGGUUGUUGGCGCAGUAUCGGCCCGACUUGGCCGGCAUUCCCUCGACGAAUGAGCCGCGCGAAGGGACGCAGCCGCUGCUCCAGGAGAUCGGCGCCGUCGUGGUGGAUAUGGACCGCGUGCAGGUGCAUCCGACGGGGUUUGUGGAUGGCGCGGAUGCUGAGGCGACGGUGAAGAUUCUGGCAGCGGAGGCCCUGCGCGGAGAAGGCGGUAUCUUGGUGCAAGGGGACGGCAGGAGAUUCGUGAAUGAGUUGGAGACGAGGGAGAAAGUGACGGGCGAGGCGAUGCAGCGGGCGGGUCGACUCCCAACGGAGGUGACGCAGUGGGAUAUAAAGCUGGUGCUGGACCCAGGGACCGCCGCCGCCUUGGAGACGCAUCUGGGCUUUUAUAUGUGGAAGGGUCUGAUCCGCAAGACGACAGUGGGUGAGCUGGCGGGCGAAAUGCCGGCCCUGGAGAGCACUUUGCGGGACUAUGCGGACGCCGUAGCGGCAAGGAAGAAGGAUGACUUUGCACGCGAGUCCUUUGGGAACUGGACGCUGAUCGACGUGACGCCGGAGUCCGAGGUGUACGUGGGCAAGGUGACGCCGGUGGUGCACUUCACCAUGGGAGGCGUCGUGAUCAACGAACGUAGUCAGCCCUUGGAUCGUCACGGCCGCCCGAUCCCGGGUCUCUGGGCAGCGGGCGAGAUCACCGGAGGCCUACACGGUCAGAAUCGCCUGGGGGGAUCGUCGCUGCUCGAGUGCGUCGUGUUCGGCCGCAUUGCCGGAGAGGAAGCCGCUGCUUUCUAUUCAGGCUAG